AUGACAGUGGAAAUUGGUCAGCAACAUUUCCCGGUGGAAAAUCCGUUGCACAUCUUUGGUGACAAAGUGCUGUCUUUCGGAUUAACACGGUACAGUUCAUCGACUGGUGAUGCUGAUUGUCCAUGCUUGCCGAAUCUUCAACAAUACCAUCGCUUCCUGAUAUCAAUCCUAGCUGGAACCUAUGCUACCGCUUCAGUGAUGGAUAAUCAACUUUAUCCUGAUGCUGUUUGUUUUCACAACAGAGGCAACGCAAUCAAAGUGAUCUUAUCAAAACGUAUUGUUAGCGAAAUCGAAGAUGCAAGAGAACAACAGUCUUCUACUUCCACUGUUGCAGCCAGUGGUUUUUCAUGA